CGCCGCACGGCCUGCCGGGAGCUGCAGUCCCGCCGCGGCGGGAACCGGGCGGAAGUCGGCGGCCUCUCCUCGGUGGCUGCGGCGUUGCAGGCGGCGGCCGCCGGUCUCCUGAGCCGGGGCGGGCGGCGGCGGGCAGCGCCGGGGCGAGCGCGGAGCGGGUGAUGGCUGAGCUGAGAAGCUCAUGAAGCUUAUGUGAAAUAUUCAAUAGAUAUUUCUACUGAUCAAUACCUCAGACGAAAUAAGCGUGUCCAAAGAUGGCAAUAGAUCUGGAGUAUGCAGCAGUCCAUGGGAGUGAGCUGACAUCUGAUUAGUUAGUGUCUAGGUAGCUUGAUGGCUCUCACUGAGUCUAAACCAAAGCCAUCUUUCUACCAAAGCAAAAAACGGACAGUGCACAGUCUGACCACGGAAUGCUAUUUCCAAAGAAGUGAAUUGUGAAGAAGGAACUCAUGAAUUUCGAUCACGGAGGCUUGGAGAGCAUCUCUGAUGUCUGCUCCAGUGAAGAUCUUCCUGAGGUAGAGCUGGUGAGCAUGCUAGAAGAACAGUUGCCAGAGUACAAAUUACGAGUGGACUCUCUGUACCUGUAUGAGAAUCAAGACUGGAUCCAGUCCCCUACAUGCCAUGGUCAUCUUCCUGCAACAACUUCUCCGAUUCAUGACGAGGAGACCUUCCGUUACAUGACUCUUAUCGAACUUCCUCCCUCCUCCUUGGCUGAAUCUCACAAAUUUGCACAAGUUCUUGCCACAGAUAAUGUGGAGCAAAUAACGAAAGCCUACAGUGAUGCUGACAUGGUCAAACAUUUGCUAGCUGAGAGAGAUCGGGACCUGGAACUGGCAGCUCGAAUUGGACAAGCCCUUCUUAAGCGAAACCAUCUUCUGACAGAACAGAAUGAAGCACUAGAAGAACAGUUAGGACAAACUCUAGACCAAGUUAACCAGCUGCAGCAUGAACUAUCGAAGAAGGAUGACCUGCUUCGUGUUGUUUCAAUUGCUUCUGAGGAGAGUGAAACAGAUUCCAGCUGUUCCACACCACUUCGUUCCAAUGAAUCUUUCAAUGUAUCACACAGUCUCUUGCAGCUGGAUAUCUUGCAAGAUAAACUCAGGGAGUUAGAAGAGGAGAACCUUGCUCUCCGAUCAAAGGCUUGCCAUCUGAAGACAGAAACCAUUACAUAUGAAGAAAAGGAACAGCAGCUCGUUAAUGACUGUGUCAAAGAGCUACGGCAAUCAAAUGCUCAAAUUUCCAGAAUAACAGAGGAGCUGUCAGAGAAGAGUGAGGAGCUGGUUCGCUACCAGGAAGAGAUCUCAUCCCUUUUGUCUCAGAUUGUUGAUCUUCAGCAUAAACUCAAAGAACAUGUGAUUGAAAAGGAGGAGCUGAAACUCCACCUACAAGCUUCCAAAGAUGCUCAGAGACAACUGACAGCAGAGCUACAUGAGCUGCAAGAUCGGAACGCAGAGUGCCUGGGGAUGUUGCAUGAAUCACAAGAAGAAGUGAAGUUGCUGCGCAGCAGAGCCAGCUCUGCUGCUGUUCUCUGCCGCCCCCAGGCAUGUGGAGCAUUUCCUGGGGAUUCCCUUGCAGCAGAAAUUGAAGGGACAAUGCGGAAGGAAUUGAGUCAGGGUGAAGAACCUCUUCCCUCUAAGCAAAAGGGUCAACAGAAACGAGUAUUUGACACUGUCAAGGUUGCUAAUGUCACUCGUGGUCGGUCUUCUUCCUUUCCUGCCCCACUGCCAAUCCCUGGAUCUAAUCGGUCAAGUGUCGUUAUGACGGCAAAGCCCUUUCAGUCUGGAUUACACCAGUCGAAGAGCCACAUACAGAUGACCCAGAGGAGUAGCUCUGAGAAGAAUCUGAGGGACACUCAUAAGCCAGGCCAGCCAGGAGACCCUGGAGACAAUGACUUAGCCACAGCUCUGCACAGGCUGUCCCUCCGUCGUCAGAACUACCUGAGCGAGAAGCAGUUCUUUGAGGAGGAGUGGGAGCGAAAGAUGCAUUUGCUGGCUGAGCAGAAAGAAGAGGCUAGUGGCUGUAGUACACCAACAGAAAGCUGUUUCUCUCUGGGUACCAACUCAGAAUUCACAGAUCUUUCUGCCAGCUCUAGUAACUUCCGUGUCCUCCUACCAGAAAAAUUACAGAUUGUCAAGCCCAUUGAAGGAUCUCAGACCCUUUCUCACUGGCAGCAGCUUGCUCGACCAAACCUAGGCACCAUUCUUGACCCAAGACCAGGUGUUGUUACAAAAGGUUUUACCCCUCUGUCUGAUGAUACUGUGUACCACAUCUCUGACUUGGAGGAGGAUGAUGAGGAAGAAGGGGAAGGAGGUAUAACAUUUCAAGUGCAACCUUCCUUCCUGGAGAAAAGGAAAUGUCCAGUGGCAAAGCCAGUGGCAGGGAUUUUCCUGCCACCUAUUACUUCAGCAACUGUACCACUCACUGCCUCAAAUCCAGGGAAAUGUCUGUCUUCCACAAAUUCCACAUUUACCUUCACUACCUGUAGGAUCCUUCAUCCAUCUGAUGUCACCCAAGUUACUCCCAGCUCCAUGUGUGCUCCAUUUUCACUUGGAAAUAGUGCUAGCAGCACUGGAAAUGCAGUGGUGAGCACUCCAGCCAUGUCUUACAGGCUUAGUAUUGGAGAAUUCCUCACCAACAGAAGAGAUUCAACUACUACUUUCAGCAGCACCAGCAGUCUGGCCAAACUUUUGCAAGAACGAGGCAUCUCUGCCAAAGUUUAUGAUAGCCCCAUCUUAGAAAAACUGCCUUUGCUACAUCCCCCUCGAAAUGUUUCCAUUCCUUCUACUCCACCAAAUUCUCCCUCACGUUCACCUUGUCCUUCCCCUCCACCAUUCGAGCCUCGAGCGCAUCUCUCAGAAAACUUCCUGGCUUCGCGACCAGCGGAAACAUUCUUGCAAGAAAUGUAUGGCCUAAAGCCCUCCCGUAACGCUCCAGACGUAGGCCAACUGAAGAUGAACCUGGUGGACAGGCUGAAGAGGCUGGGUAUUGCCAGGGUGGUCAAGCCCCCUGAGGCACAGGACCAAAGGAAAAAUCAGGGGCCAGAGGUUGGCCUGCAGAGACAGGACUCAGCAGUAUUUUUAAAUGCAGGUAGCAACUUAAUGGCAGGACUGAGAAGAAACCAGAGCCUUCCAGUCAUGAUUGGGGCACUGGGAGCUCCAGUUUGCACACAGUCAUCAAAAAUGGAUAUCCUAAAGGAGAACUGACUGGUUUGAAAAACAGCUGAUUUGUAGCAUGGUAAAUAAUAAACGAGAGAUAAACGUUUAGCACAGGCAUGGUUAGAUGUGUUACAGAAGAGGUGGAGAAGGCAUGUGCAUGUUAAAAGAUGUGUGAGAGACGUGUUGGAAUCAAGGAGAAAAGAACAUCGCUUGGGUUUGAGGAAAGAGGGUUCUGUGGAACAUAAGAAAGGAAAGAAGAAACCAAAGCUUAGUUUUGAGGCCCUUUUCAGGAUCUGUCUUAGCUUAAGCAAAAAUAAAAGACCAUAGUAGAUAUUCUCAUAUUCAGUAUUUUAAUCUUUUAAACUGUAACUGUCCUGCAGAUGCUGUUCUAUUUUUCCACCAUAUGAUCAUAGUGUUUUACUAGAUGUUAGCAGUCAGACCAUACCAUUUAAGUAUAAUAUUAAAAUAACAAUCAGUCUGACUAGCACCAUUGGUUCAAGUUUCUCUUUCUGGCAAACAAAUACAGAAAGCUGGAUUCUUUUGAUUCUUGUAUUUUCCAGUUCAGAGGCUGCACUGAAGCCCUGUUUUGAACUCCUCUCCAUUUCGAGAAGCAGAGGAGAGAACCUUUCAUUCUCUGUAAGGAAAUAGUACUUCUAUUUAUGAACACAGAAAUUGGUGGUCAGGGUUUGUAUUUUGAAAGAGUGCAAUUGUGCUAGUGAAGUAUUAACAGAAGUUAAUUUCUUUCCAGAGGUUCUGAAACACACAGAGGGAGGUGCAAUGAAUAAGAAUUAAAAAGCAGGAAAGUAUGUAUUAGGUACAAAAAAUGUAAAAAUGUUUUAUUUCAUGCUAAGGUAACUUUCCAAAGUGUGCUGUGCAUCUUUUUUAAUGAGGGUAGUUUUGCACAUACGAAAAAAAUCUCAGGCACGUGUCAGUGUUGCAAAGGGAAAUAAAACCUAGGUGCUUGAUUCAGGGUUUCUUUUUAUUUGACCUAAGCAGAGAGCAUUUACUUAAAGACAAGUGUUGGAAGUUCUGAGAUCAAAAUGUUCUCUCGACAGGUCGGCAGUCUAUACAUUUGACAGCUCUGUAGUGAACUUCAUGCAUUUCAUUCAGAUAUUUCUGAUUUCAGGCAGGAUUCUGUUUAAAAGAUUUCAUUAAGAAAAUCUGUGGAAAUUGUUUUAGAUCUGUGGUUAGAGCAAAAUUUAGCGCUCCACGUUCUGAAACAACAAGGAAAAUGAAAGCUAGUGUUCUUUGUAGCACUUCAAUGGAUAUAAAUCGGUUUUGUCUGUGUUGGAAUCUUGGGUUUUGUUGAUGGAGAGUGAUUCUGAAUCUGCUUCUGAACAAAACUGAGGGAGACUUUCUGCCUCAAAAAAAAUGCCCAAAUCUGUUGGAGAAAUCUGAUUUGUCUGAGUGGUAACUUACAGAAUAUUACAACCCAGGCUGCCUUUUGGAUUCAGGAAAAAAAAAUUCAUCCUGUCCAAGAUUCUAGCCAUAAUUAAAUAAUCAACAAUAUAUCAUAAUUUGUAGUAUAACUUACAGAAGAAAAUACAUCUGCCUGAAAUUCGUAAGAGGAAUGGGUCUUUGCUAAUGACCAGAAUAGAAACAGGUUUUUACUCUUCAUAUAAUUUUGGACUGUACUUUUCAAUGUUCUGAAGUAAUUUUUAAGGUCCACUUCCAUACAACUAGCUAAAACAGUCAAAGUUUACCCUGCUUGUUACAAUGUAUGGAACAUAUGGAACAUAGCUGGUAUCUUUCUGGGAUCAUGGGGUGAAGCAUCAGUAUGAAUUCAUUGAUUUGAACCUGGCAGGAGGCACAUCCAUCAUGAUCAGGGCCCUUGUUGCUGCAGGGUUGUGUGGAGUAGGGUGGGGAAAGAUAGUUUCAUAAAACAGCUUAUAGGUUACUUAUAAUGUGGCCUUUCUACUUUUACAGCCCUGUAGAUCUUAUGGUGACUCUUUGUGAUAUAGUAGUCUUUUCUAAAAGAAAAGGGAGUAACCACUUCAAACUUGCACAAGGAUUCUCAGCAGAAGCUUGUCUGUCAGCAGCGCACAGAAAUAUUCAGGAACUCCUGGAGUUGCCUUUCGCUCUCUAAGCAAAAUCUUACACUUAUAAAAGGUGAAUUUUAUUUAAAAUACUAUAUACGGGUUAAUUUUGUUUUAAAUGAAAACUGUUUAAUUUCUUCUUGUAAGUAUUUAUGUUUGUACUUCCUUAGCUGUGCACAGGAUCUUACUUAGCUAAGUAAGAAUAAGAACGAAGGGGGGGGGGGUUAUUUUGUUCUCCAGUGAACUAAAAGACUGGUAUGUUUGCUGUGUAUUUGCAGCUCCCAGGGAAACAACAGGUAUGAGUGAACAUAAGAUUAGACAGAGAAGUGUAUAAUGUGUCAAACAUAUGUCCAUUUUAUAUGCAGUUAUUAUAGGAACCAUGUAGUUACAGUUAAACUUUCAAAGGUAUUUCACUGUGUUCCUAACCAACUUCAUUAAAUACCUCCAGCCAUUGGAUCAUUGUGUGUUAGCAGCAGAAGCAACAAACCAACUAAAUCAGAAUUCCUGUGGCAGACCAGGCUUCUGCUAAAAUUCAUCUAAAAGCACAUAAAUGAAAUGCAUGUUUGUCUUUGGGACACUUCCAUAUUCCAUAACCUAACAAUAUAAUCUGGUUCACUUCAGUCUAUAUUAUGGAUAUGUGGGAAAGCUUCUUGUAGGAUGAUGUAUAAUCAGAUACUUUAGACAAGGCAGGAAGAAGAGGAAAUAAUUUUUGUACCAUUGUGCUUGUGUGUUUGUGCAGUUGGCUGAUGCUGCAGUGCAGUGCUGUUGGAACUGUCAUGCAUUUAUACCUUUGGACAGUCAUGUCCAUUGUGUAUACAUGUGCCUAACUUGCAGUGACAGGGUAAACUACUGCUUCUUCCAAGUUUACUGUUUCGUGCCAAAACCUAGAAGACAAACUUUUUUGAAUGACUUACGUGUUUCUGAUAGCAUAUUAAAAGCUGUCAUCAUUAUAGGAACCGAUUUGGCUUCUGUUGCCUCCCACCACAGAAGAAAUGAACUUGCCUGACUAAGAUAGCGGAGAUCCUGCACAAGAUCUCUUGAUGCAGAUCAGUGUGACUUGGUUGAGGGGGAAGGAGAACUAGAAGUAAGGGAGAGCUGUGUUUGGAAAAGUUUCUGUUAUCUUGCAGGUUUGGGACAGAACCAAAAAAACCAGAUGAAACAAAGAAAGGAAUUAUUCAUGCAUGCAAAAGUUUCAAUAGACUGAGAAAGAAAUACUUGUAGUACUUAUCUUUAUUCAGAUUCUAAGAUGGCUUAAACUAAGUACAAAUUUAACUUUAUGCCUACAGAACUAGAAAGCUAUAGUUUCACUGACUUUGAUAAAUUCGGUGAUACUGCAUGCUCAAAAUACCCAUGGUCAAUAAAGUGGAGAGUCUACUGUAAUCAAAAAGCAGAAGAAAAGGAAGAAGAAAAUUGGAUUUGAGCCUCAUUUGGCUGUUGCACAAGGGGAUAACACACAAUAUUUAAAUGGUCUGGGAACUUGGUAUUUUUUUCAUCUGCUUUUUGCACCUACUGUUGUUUCAUGGUGGAAUGUAAACUUGAUAAUAAACAUGUAUAACAUGCCCUUUUUCAUUA